CAAUGGCUGCCACUACUACCCGCACCGUCUCGCGCAACCUCGGCCGGCUGAACGCCAAAACCACGGCGUUCUUCCUCUGCGACAUCCAAGAGAAGUUCCGCCCCGGCAUCCACGCCUUCGCCUCAGUGGUGCAGAUCCUCGAGGUCCCGCUGAUUGUCACCGAGCAGUACCCGAAGGGCCUGGGCCAUACGGCGCCAGAAAUCGACAUCUCACACGCGUCCCUGGUAGAUGCCAAGACCAAGUUCUCGAUGGUGACGGAGGCUGUUGCGCAGAAGCUGCGCGAGCUGGACACCAGGAGCGUGGUGCUAUAUGGAAUCGAGUCGCAUGUGUGCGUGAUGCAGACGUGCCUGGAGCUGCUUGAUAACGACUACGAUGUGCAUGUCGUGGCAGAUGGCGACCCCAAGUUCAAGCAAAUUAGCAACCUCGUCAAGGAGUUCCAGGCGGCGGCCAAGACCAACGAGCUGCUGCACAGGAAGAGGGCGUCGCUCUAAUAAGACUGUUGUUUUUCUCUGCUUUCUUUCUCGGUAUCAAUGGACCCUUUGCAAUUAUCAGGCGGCAAUGGGGAAUGCCUUCAAAU